AUGGGUCCUGGACGUCGAAUGAAGAAGCAAGGUCCUCCUGAGCCAUUAUCAGAGGAUCAUUUUGCCAAACUCAAGCGCAAGAAGGGUCUGCCAGCCGACGUCGCAGAGGAAUUGCCAGCCAAGAAGCGCAAGACGACGAACAAAAGCGAUGCAAAGACAAACGGCUCGAAGAAGGCCGCACCGGCUGCGAAGCGCCCUGCAGCGAAGAAGACCAACGGCACUAGGGUUAAGGCCGUGGUGCCUGAGAAGAAGGCCAAGAGAGCCCAGCCUGAGGCAGAGUCGUACUCUGACAUCGAGGUCGACGAGGAGUUUGGGGAUUCGGAUCUAGAGCAGGAGGAGGGCCUAUCGGGCCUAGAGGGCGAUGAUGAGCCUCAGAAACUGGGAGACGAUUUUCUCGGUUCCGACUCUUCGGUGUACGACUCGGAUAAUGACCAGCGCAAGGAGGAGUUUGUCUUCUCCGAGGACGAAGACGAUUCGGACGGAGAGGAGAAGCUGACCGCAGCCAACAUCGAGGGACUGUCGAGGAAACUCGACAAGCAGCUGGAACAAGAAGCUGCCGAUGCGCAGGCAGAAUUGGAGGAGACAGCCCUGCAGACAAACAUCCGCGGAGACAAGCCCAAGGUGCUCGAUGAUGAGGAGGAUCGGAACGAGACAGAGACCCAAAGGAAGACCCUGCUGGCUCCAGACCUGCAGCUCCUGCGCAACCGAAUAACAGAGAAUAUCCGGGUGUUAGAAGACUUCUCGAGCUUGGCAGAGGAAGGGAGGUCAAGAGCCGAGUACACCAAUCAGCUGAUUAAGGACAUCUGCGCAUACUACGGCUACUCGGAGUAUCUCGCCGAGAAGCUCUACCACCUCUUCAGCCCGUCUGAGGCCUUUGACUUCUUCGAAGCCAACGAGAGCGCCCGUCCUAUGGUCAUCCGCACCAAUACCCUUCGCACGAACCGCCGAGAUCUCGCCAGCGCCCUCAUCAACCGUGGCGUCACCCUCGAGCCCGUUGGCAAGUGGUCCAAGGUCGGGCUGCAGAUCUUCGAAAGCAAUGUUCCCCUGGGUGCUACCCCAGAGUACCUGGCCGGCCAGUACAUCAUCCAGGCCGCUUCUUCGUUCCUGCCCGUCAUGGCGCUCGCGCCACAGGAGAACGAGCGCGUGCUCGAUAUGUCUGCCGCUCCUGGUGGAAAGACGACACACAUGGCCGCCCUGAUGCGGAACACGGGGUGCAUCUUCGCCAACGAUAUGAGCAAGUCUCGUGCCAAGGGCCUGAUCGGAAACAUCCACCGCCUGGGGUGCAGGAAUGUCGUUGUGUGCAACUACGACGCCCGCGAGUUCCCAAAGCCUAUCGGUGGGUUCGACAGGGUAUUGCUCGACGCGCCUUGUUCCGGAACGGGUGUCAUCGCGAAGGAUGCCAGCGUCAAGACGAACAAGACGGAGAAGGAUUUCAUGGUGCUGCCGCACACGCAGAAGCAGCUCUUGCUCGCCGCCAUUGAUUCCGUCAAUCAUCACAGCAAGACGGGUGGCUACAUUGUCUACUCUACCUGUUCUGUCACGGUAGAAGAAAACGAGCAGGUCGUAGCCUACGCCCUCGCCAAGCGGCCCAACGUCAAGCUGGUCGAGACGAACCUGACAUUCGGUCGCGAGGGCUUCACCAGCUACCGCGGCAAGCAAUUCCACCCCUCGCUCAAGCUCACCCGCCGCUACUACCCCCACACCUACAAUGUGGACGGUUUCUUCGUCGCCAAGCUGCAAAAGACGGGCCCCACGCCGGCCAACGCCGUCCUGGCCGACAGGACCGGCAGCGGCAAGUCCGCCACGUCGCCGUCUGCCAAGAGAUCUGCUGCUGCGGGUGGUGACGCCUCUUAUGGUGACGAAGAAAUCAUCGACAAGACGCCCAUCCUGGACGAGGACGCUCAGGAGGCGGUUGAUGAGUUUGGUGGUUUCGAUGAGGAUGAAGACGAGCAGUACAUUGAGAAGGCCAAGAGGAAUGCCAUGAGGAGGCGGGGUCUGGAUCCCAGGGCGUUGGACAAGAAGACUAAGAAGGAC